CCAUUUUAAGAAAAUAAAAAACAAACACUCUUUUACAGCAUAAGCAGGUCCAGGGCAAGAGGCGACGGGAUCUCUCACCUUCCGACGAUCUCUCCGGUAAAUCUCCAUACCGCCAGCGAGAUCCCGACGUGUUCGCAAUCUAUCUCUCAGAUCCUUGUCGGUAGAUCCUGCCAAUCAUGGCUCCUGUCUCGGCUCUGGCCAAGUACAAGCUCGUGUUCUUGGGAGAUCAGUCCGUUGGCAAGACAAGUAUCAUCACUCGCUUCAUGUACGACAAAUUCGACAACACAUACCAGGCCACAAUCGGUAUUGAUUUUCUAUCCAAGACAAUGUAUCUUGAAGAUCGAACUGUCAGAUUGCAGCUCUGGGAUACUGCUGGGCAGGAGAGAUUCAGGAGUCUUAUUCCAAGCUAUAUUAGGGACUCGUCUGUUGCCGUCAUUGUGUUUGAUGUUGCAAGCAGGCAGUCCUUCCUAAACACUUCUAAGUGGAUCGAGGAGGUUAGGAGUGAGCGUGGCAGUGAUGUCAUAGUUGUGCUUGUGGGAAACAAAACAGACCUUGUGGACAAGAGGCAAGUAUCAAUAGAGGAAGGAGAAGCCAAGGCUCGGGAGCUUAAUGUAAUGUUUAUCGAAACCAGUGCCAAAGCAGGCUUCAACAUAAAGGCGCUUUUCCGCAAGAUAGCGGGAGCUUUGCCCGGAAUGGAGACAUUGUCUUCAACGAAGCAAGAAGACAUGGUCGAUGUCAAUCUCAAGUCUUCCAACGCAAAUGCCUCUCAGGCACAUCAACAACCCGGAGGAUGUUCUUGUUAAUGGCACAAACAAAUCAAUAACAAGGGAAAAAAGUCCCAACGAAAGAAGGAAAAAAGAAAAAGAACUCCAUCUGUAAAAUUUUGUCUGCUUCCAUUUUCCAACCUAUAUGCACUGUUUUAUUGUCCUAACAUGAUCUUGGACUCUUGUUUAGUACUCGUGUGCUGGAUUUCACAGUUUGAAGUGUCGGCGGUUAAGAUGUUUUGAUUGGUUUGGAUCU